AUGCUCGACCCCCUCGAACAACCCCUCCUCUAUAGAUACCUCCUAUCAAGAUGCCACCCUAUCCCCCGCCUAAGAGAACAAGGAUACAACAUGACCAUCCCCAACAAAAACGACGUGAAGAAAAACACCAGCAGAUGUAUCUGCACCGGCAGGCCACACACACAACACGAAUACGACUUCGCCUACCCAGACCCGGACGCACUACAGACUCAAUCCAAGAUCCGGAAAGCAUUAGUGCUAACCGCGAAGACAACAACGAUACUCGAUACUGAGGUUAUUGAGUCCAUGACGAUUCUUGAUUUCCUGACUGGCGAGAUGCUCUAUGAUGGGACGUUUGAGCACGAAGCGCUCCACAGUGAGGGGUUGAACAUGGUAGAUGAUGGGGUUCUAUGGGCACGGGAUAUAUUGCUUCCAUAUGUUGAUCGGUAUACCGUCUUGGUUGGGCAUUGUCUAGUCAAGAGUUUUAAUAUCUUGAAGAUGGAGACGGAGAUGGGUACCAGCCGGAUUGUGGAUACGGCAAUUAUCACCAGUGAAGCGGUAUCAGGGUCUGAUUGUACGAAGCAGUCUUCUAAAUGGUUCUUUGCAUUGGAUGAGUUGGCUGGGGAGAUGCUUGGUUGGGCUGAUUGGGGAGAGGAUGGGGAGGACAUGGGCAAGUUUGAGGGUUGUUUUUGGGAGGCGCUCGUUACUAGGGAGGUUCUGCUUUGGUGUCUUACUGGACCGGAUUGUUUGAGGGAUUGGGCUGAGAUGGUUCGGGCAAGAGCCGAGAUCUUUCAGGGUAACUGUGAUGAUGAACCUUUGAGUUUGAGUGAGAGUGAGAGUGAGAGUGAGAGCGAGAGUGAGUUUGGCGAUUUUGAGUGGUUUGAUAAAGAGGAGUUGGUGGAUUGA